GUGGAGCAAGUACAGCGGUGUGAUUGUGUGGUGAGUGCCGGCAGAGCGAGCGCGGAUAGCGAAUUUUCCCCGAGUUUUCGAGUGCCUUUUCCGCAAGCAGCAGCGCACGCGAAAGAGAAGGAAGGCGGCGUGCAUGAGCAGGACGCACGCUCUUGAAUCGCGUUCUAGCUCGAGAAUAAUAUACCAAAUGUCACAACGGUUCCGAAACUGAGACUGUGUGCGAGAGAGAAGGAGAGAGCAGCGGAAGCAGUGGCUCGAGCGCGAAGGAAAACCAGUGCGCAAUUGUGUUGGUGAAUUGAAUUGCAGUCCGUGUGCCGCAGCCAAAAGAGCGGAGCUACUCGAAACCAGGUCCCGUUCAAAACAUCAACAAUGACGACAACCCCAAGUGAUGAGCCAGACCCCAAGAUGUCGCGGUUGCUGAAGCUCGCCCAGAAGUUCAACUGUUUCUACUUGAACGGUAAGACCGGACCGGAGCGCACUCGGCAACCUAUUAACCCGUUUACCCGUGCCUCGCCCCUCUUUCUAGGUCUGCUGAAGGGAGAAUGUCGCCCGUUCGUGGUCGACGGGCACCAGGUCGGAUUGGUCAGUCAGAACGUGAUCGAACAGCUGCUCAAGUACCCGGAAGUGUUUCACAUCCGUGCCCCGGAGCACGGCAAGCAGAAUAUCGUUGAACUGAAUCCGGCCUUCCGGGACUACACGACGCGCUCGCAGCAGGUCGACACAAUAUUGCGCGAAUUCCGAGAGCAAGGCGUAUUUGUGGCACUCCGAGGGUGGCGCGAUGAGUGCUACGACGUGAAGUCGACCACCGGCUCACUGCUCAAGAUGGACCGCUCGGCCACCUGUCUGUUCGGGGUGCGGAAUUACGGUGUCGAGAUCAACGGGUACGUGCGCCACUCGACGAAGGGUCUCUGCAUCUGGCUGCAGCAGCGCUCCGACACGAAGCAAACGUGGCCCGGCAAGUGGGACAACAUGGUGAGCGGUGGCCUUGCGGUCGGGUACGGGGUGCACGAAACGGCCGUCAAGGAAGCGGCCGAGGAGGCCUCGAUACCGGACCAUCUGAUUAAAAAUCUCGUCUCGGCCGGCUGUGUUUCGUUCUUCUUCGAGAGCGAACGGGGCCUCUUCCCCAACACGGAAUUUGUGUACGAUCUCGAGCUGCCAGAGGACUUUGUGCCGGAUAACUCCGACGGGGAGGUGCAAAACUUUCAGCUCCUGCCCGCACACGAAUGCCUCGAGCGGGUCUUUAAGCCCGACUUCAAAACCACCAGCUGUCCGGUGGUGCUCGAUUUUCUCAUUCGCCACGGUAUCAUAACGCCGGAAAAUGAAAUCAACUUUACCCAGAUAAUCGAGCUGCUACACGUUCCUUUGCAAAGUCUGUAUACCUACCGUACGCCGGCGGCCGGCGACGCUGGCACGGCACCUUCGUCGAAACAACGAGAUCUCACUAGUAACAAUAACAGUAUCGAAAACGGUAAGCUCUAAUCGAACCUCCGGCGGCGACAGAAGCGCUGGCUGCGCUUGAAGCCUACUUUGGUGUGUGUACUUUAAAGAAAACCGAUCGACAACCGACGCAACUAUAUGAAAUUGAACUACCAGUACGAACUUUCAACUGUUUUGCGGCACAUCACAACCCACAGUGGUUCCUCACACGGUAUUAGUCAAAUUGACCGCAGUCUCGGGCAAACGCAGUCUCGUUUGUUGUGUUUUCCCCCCCUCUUGCUGCAACCUUAGCCGAGCGAAUAACACAUUCUUGCGGGUUUCCACCCCGAUAUAUUUAUGGUGUUUUGUUUAUACCUUUUUUGUACAAGCGAAACCCAAACAAUUACGGUAGUGUGGAUGGAUACAGCAAAGCAUAGCAUAACGUAAUCGGAGCAGCAUCGAAGACUCAGACCGUAGGUGCGGAUAGCGUUCGAGAGAGGUAGAGAAUGUGGGGAGUUUAAGCGCCAAAACUGUAACAAAUCACUUAUUAGUCACUCGCUGCGAAGAAAAUAUGAUUCUUCUUCUGAAGCGAAAGUGUAGAAGUUGUUCCAAACAUUUACGUUAGGGGAGGCCAACGUCCCAGGCACGUUUUUGGUUGAUACGAAAACAGGCGGGACGCCGGUGGAAGCUAUUCAAAGAAACACACGCAAAACCUAAAGGAUAGCGGAUGGAGCCGAAGACCGCUUGAAGCGUAAAGAAGGAAAACCCCACAGCAGCGAGACACAUCAACAACGCAAGCAAUCAGCUCUACUUUACCCAAUCAGCCAGCCACAAUCGCAAGACACGGCGGCGGCCUUGCGGCGGAAUGAUGAAUUGAAUCCGGGCGGCGCAAAACAAAAGACGCGAUGGGUUGAUAUUGGCCGCUCUGUCCGUCUGUCCGUCUGUCUGUCUGUCGUGUGCGCACUCACUCUGUCUCUUUGCCGUGUUAACAAUCGUUUUGUGUAUUGUUUAGCAUUACCAUUUUCGCAUAUCUGUGACACAUGUAGGAUUAGAGCUUAGCCGUAGGGUUUCGAAACGCGCAGCAGCAGCCAGAGGAAGCCAGGGUGUGCCCGAAAGACAACAGACCCUUCGCACGCAAUAGACCGCAAACGAAUAGAUAGGCAACAAAGAAGGAAAGCCGGAUGCAACGAUUCGCAGGGCGGGAAUUUGUCCCCUUUUUUCUUGUUUAGAAAAAUCGCGUAACGUUUUUAAGUGCUUAUGUACUUUCGGUAGCUGUGUAUAUAAUAGUUCGUUUUAUCCUUACCUGGUCUCAGCUCGCUGCGUUCCUGGUGUACUAUUGUUUUGCGCUGUGCGUUUCAGUUGUCCAGUACAAGUACUUUUGUGCCCAUUUUUGUGCCAUCCUCUGUUUUCGCGGAAUUGCGGAACUUGCGGAACUGACUCCGAUCAACUGGAAACAACAUGAAGCAAUCUAACGGACACACGGCUGGCCCCCGAGUUACCGGGCCGUGCUAGUUUAGGGCUAGGUUAAGGGAAUUUCAAUUUUCAAACAAUGCUGACAAUGCCGGGCACCGGAUUUGUGGACGUUAUUACUAUGUUUAGCUAGCUAGGACCGUAAGCUAAGCACGUUUAUUUAUAUGCGCGACUGUACGCAACUUUUCCUCCAUAGGCGGCACACCUCGGGCACAGGUUGGGGUCGUUAGGUUCAGUUCGUGUUGGGAAGUUAUGAAUUUUCCUCGUUUGCGUUGUUUUAAGUUUCGUUUUUACGAAUUGCGAAAACUCAUCAAUAAAAAAAACAUCGAAGCGUGGGUAUAUGCAAAUUGAAGCGUGAGGGAAAAGAUGAUGAGAGAAUGGUAAAAAUAUUUAUUGUAUUACAUCUAGAGUCUGUUCUAUCUUGUAUGAGCCUAUAUAAAAAGUGG